AUGCAUUGUGCUGCUAGGCACCUGACUAAAGUUUUUAGUACCAAAGCACCUAAGGAAUUUGGUCAAUGCUUCACAUUCAAUUAUGCAUACUACACAGUAUACCAAGGCCAGCCAGCUACAGUUGAAGAGUUUGUUGAAGGGACAUUUAGGAAGUAUAUUAAUAACAAUGGCAAAGUAUGUAAACAACCAGAAAGUGGCGGUGCUGACAUGACAACCAUUUUCGAGAAGGCAGAAUGCUUAGUUCAUUUCUCGUAUGUUCAAACUUCAGAGAAAUUGAUGCUUCUUGAUCUUCAAGGUGCAAAGUACUAUUUAUAUGAUCCAGAAAUUGCAACAACAGAAUUGCAUAGCCAGAAUGAUGAAGUUUACUUCUGCUGUGGGAAUCUAUCAACCGUGAGCAUUAGUCAAUUUAAUGGAAACCACACGUGCAACAAAUUCUGUGAAAUAAUGGGUCUAAAACGUAACACCUUCCUGGUCAACAGUACAUAA